UUGUGAUCGUUAUAAGACGCCUCUGAGAUUAUAUGCUCCCUCUUGACACGUUCGUAGACGAAAGAAACUCGAGUAAUGGCUUCCAAUACGAACGAACCAAAUACCAAGAGGCAGCGUUUGGAUCAAGAACAGUUAGAAGAUGGUCGGUCACGUUUUACCACCAUCACGCUCGACAUGAAGCGAUAUAGCACGUGGGUUCGUACGCUUUCAGAAGAUGGACUUGUCAGCAUAUUUGAGCUGGGAGUCAAAGUUAGAGAGUCAGUUACCUUAACCAUAAACGUUAACCAAGCGUUCCUAGAGGAGGCUCUGACCUCUCAGAUGAAACCGAUCCAAGAUAGCGUCUCCAACAUCGAGACGGAGGUAACGAGGCAGGUAAAAACUGUGCAAGAGAACGUCAGCCGAGAGGUGAAAACACUCACAGAAGAUUUGAAAGAAAAUAUCCAGAAUGCCCUCGAUCCUAAGAUUAAAGAAAUUGGCGACGCGAUGACUGAUAUCAAGGAGCAAGUGGAUAAACAGGUUACCAGGGUCCAACAAGAAGUCAACAACAGUGUUUCCGAGCGUGUGACAAAAUUGCACACGAGCGUUGUGGAAAUUGAACAACAAGUCACGACUAAAGUUGAGGAGAUUAAGAGGAGGGUCAUUCAAGAUGUCGGUAAGGAAAUCGAGGGCAUGAAUAAGAACGUACAAGUUUUAAAAGGAGACGUGUCUAAGCAUUUAACUGGUAUCAACGAUUCCCUGACCGAAAGAGUUGAUACCGUUGCUGAGAGGGUGCCGCCACUUAGCAGUUUGAACACCACCAUAACCCAGUCAGCGGAAAACAUUAAGACCCAGAUUAACAGCACGCUUAAGGAGAUCAAUAGCUCUGAGUCACGCGUAUGUAACGAGUUCAAAGGGAUGAAGAGUGAAGUCUACAGCGAAAUAAAAAUAUGCAAAGAAAAAAUAGAUGAGAUCUCCAAGAAUUUGAUGAAACCUGGGGUCAAAGGAGUUGUGGGGGAAAUGACUGUGCUAAAAAUUCUAAAACACCGCUUUCCCAGUUGGUCGGUGGAAGACGUCGCUUCAACUGGCUGGAAGAUGUGCGAUAUUGUCGCAACAACACCAUUAGACGACAAAAUAAUGAUCGAGGUUAAGAAUCAAACGACAUCAGUUCCCUCUAACGAAUGCAACAAGUUUGAAGAAAACCUGACGGCAUCUCCUGACUAUAAAGUCGGAAUCCUGUUAUCUUUAAAGAGUGGAAUUUCUAAUCAUUCAUCAGCCAGAGAUUUUGAAGUAAAAUUCCUGCAAACUAAAAAUCAGUACCGGAUCUACGUGCCAAAUGCAAUGCAAGAACCCGAUGGAAAUAGAGUGGUAUGGAGCGUGCUCAUGGCUGAGCAAUUGGCACAAAUACGAAUGGAGUUAACAGGCGGUCAAGUAAAGGGGCUUGAGGAAAUCUGCGAUCGGUUCAAAAAGGACGUGGAGCAAGGAAAAGUUUGUGAAGAAAGUCUUAAGAGUUUGGAGAAGGCGAUGAAGAAGUUAAAAGAAGACAUGUCUCCGUUUUUCGAAAUCGUGAGGAAGACAAAAGAAAGUUUACACAAACUCUUGCAUCCUGUUUCAUAGUCAGUUACUAACACUUACUCAGGUAGGGCAACUUGUCACAAGCUCGAUGCUUUGAUGUAACA